CUGAUAUGCGCUUUUAUGGAAACGCUAGAAUGACGACCGCGCUACCGAAAUGGUUCACGCCUCUGAGGCUCCUCGGCAUUUUCUGUCUCACCAAUCUAGUGGUUUACCUUGACCGCGGGCUAAUUGCAAGCAAUGGAGUCAAUGGUACGCCGAGGACUGAGGCUGAUCCAGACGGGUCCGGCAUCCAGGGCGAGUUCGACCUCAACUACGUCGAGGACGGCCUGCUGCCGGCCCUGUUCAUGGUGGGACUGCUCAUCAGCUCCCCCAUCUUUGCGGAAACAGUGAAGCACUACAGCGCGUUCCGGCUGCUGGGCAUUGGUAUGGCCGUGUGGUCAGCUUCCGUGGUGGCGUGUGGCAUAGCGCCCAACUUCGGCCUCUUGCUGACCGCCCGCGCUUUUGUGGGCGUGGGAGAGGCAUCCUUCGUCGCAUUGGCAGCGCCGUUCAUUGACGACUUCGCGCCCGCGGCGCAGAAGGCUCGCUGGUUUGCAGCUUUCUACCUGUGUAUCCCUGUGGGCUUUGCGCUAGGCUACAUUGUGGGCGGCGCCGUCACUGCUGUGGCGUCUUGGCGCUGGGCGUUUGUGGGCGAGGGGCUGGUCAUGGUGCCCUUCACCCUCUUCGCGCUCACCGCACAGCCGCUGCAACUGCGCGGCUCAAAGCCAGCGGGGGCGCCGCACCACCGGCACCACCGCGGCGCCACCGGCUGGCAGCACUGGCGCGCGCUGCUCAGGGAGUUCGGGGGCGACGUGGCCAUUGUGUUGCGGCAGCGCGUGUGGCUGGCCGUGUGCGGCGCCUACACCGCCUAUGUGGCGGUGCUGGGCGUGUAUGCCUACUGGGGGCCGCAGGCCGGCGCCGCGCUGUUCUUUCCGCGGCACGAGGGUGACACGGGCCCGCGCUCCAGCACAGCCGACCUUACCUUUGGCGGCGUCACGGUGCUGACGGGUGUGGUGGGCAGCGUGGCGGGCGGCCUGGCGCUAGACAAGAUGGGCUCCACGCUGCGCAACGCCAACCUGCUGUGCGCGUUCGCCAACCUGGUGGGCUUCGUAUUCCUGCUGCUGGCCUUCACCACCUCCCAGACCUUCGCGGCUUUCAUGGGCCUGUUCGCGGUCGGACAGCUCAUCAUCUUCCUGCUGCAGGCGCCCGUCGCCGCCAUCGGCAUGUGGUGCGUGCCGCCCGAGCUGCGGCCUCUGGGCGCGUCCCUCAUGACCGUUUCCAUACACCUGCUGGGUGACGUGCCCUCGCCGCCGCUGGUCGGGCUGCUGCAACAGCGCCUGGCGGCAGGCAAGUCGCCCGCGGACGCGGCCGAGCAGUGGCGCAUCUCUCUGAGCGUUGUCAGCCUGCUGCUGCUGGUUAGCGGGAGUUUGUUCCUCUUGGGCGCGUGGCUGUCGGUCCCGGGGACAGACUGGCGAGGCAAGGCGCCUGCUAAUCAGGAGCAAGGCAGCGAGGAGGGUGAUGGCGUGGGCGGCGAGGAGGGGCUGGGCGGCGUGGCGGCGGAGGGGGGGCCGGACGUACGGCCGCUCCUGCUGGAGGAGGGCGGGGCGGGGCGGCAGCGGAGCAGCGAUGAGCCGCUGAUCAGUGACAAAUGAGGGCGGGCGUCUCAGGCUCCUAGCAUCAUGGCUGCAGGAGUUCCUGCCAGGUGUAGAUGUGUGCUGGGGGCAGCCUCGGCGGCGAGCUCACAAGUUGUGUGUUUGUUGUGUAGAGUAAUUCUGGACUACUGUGUGGGUAUUGCUUAAAGGUCCGGCCUGUGCACGCUUCGCGCUGCACCGCACCUCGCAUGCAUGUGUGUACGUGUGUGCCGUCCACCGCUCCUGGUGCCGUCCUUCAAGCCAUCAAGGUGCCUUCACCAGUUCACCACCUCGGCCCCUAGGGAGUAGGGACCUCCAGCCCUUUCGUGCCCCAGCCUUUCAGGGGCCGCGCAGUUGACGGGACUCCAGGGAC